ACACCAGGAGCGGGAAGGAGAUGUGGUCGGUAGCAGUCGUGUCGAUCUUCGUCUUCCAGUAGGAGUAGGAACUCGUCGCCGGUUGGCGGCGCCUAUCUACGUCGUCGUCGUCGUCGUCGUCGUCACCAGGACUCGGGAAACCGAACAGAAUACAGUAUAUAUACUGCAGCUGCAGGGCGUGCUGUGCUCGUCGUAAGUUAGUUGAGGUCUUUAUUAAGGAGGGAAUUGUGGCAGCAGCAGCCAGCAGAUCGAGAAGCCAGCACCGCAAAGCCAAGAAGGAGAUGGCCAUGGCGGAAGUGGACCACCUCGCCGGCGAGAGGGCCACCGCGGGCUUCGACGUGGAGGAGAUGAAGGUCGCGUGGGCCGGCUCACGCCACGCCGUCCACGUCGCCGACCGUAUGGCGCGCCUCGUCGCAUCCGACCCUGUCUUCCGCAAGGAUAACAGGACCAUGCUUUCCAGGAAGGAAUUGUUCAAGGACACUCUGAGAAAAGCAGCCCAUGCAUGGAAGCGGAUCGUCGAGCUACGUCUUACAGAAGAGGAAGCAAAUUUGCUGAGACAAUAUGUCGACCAGCCUGGUUAUGUUGAUCUGCAUUGGGGCAUGUUUGUUCCAGCUAUAAAAGGGCAAGGAACUGAGGAGCAGCAGCAGAAGUGGUUACCACUGGCUUACAAGUUCCAAAUAAUUGGGUGCUAUGCUCAGACGGAACUUGGUCAUGGCUCAAACGUUCAGGGCCUUGAAACAACUGCUACAUUCGAUCCAAAGACUGAUGAGUUUGUCAUCCACAGUCCAACUCUCACGUCCAGCAAAUGGUGGCCUGGUGGCUUGGGAAAAGCUUCCACCCAUGCAGUGGUGUACGCUCGGUUGAUAACUGAAGGGAAGGACUAUGGCAUACAUGGUUUCAUUGUGCAACUGCGAAGCUUAGAGGAUCACUCCCCACUUCCUGGUGUUACCCUCGGUGAUAUUGGUGGAAAGUUUGGUAGUGGUGCAUAUAACAGUAUGGAUAAUGGUGUUCUGCAAUUUGACCAUGUGCGCAUCCCAAGGGAUCAAAUGCUGAUGAGGCUUUCACAAGUUACAAGGGAGGGGAAAUAUGUUCACUCAAAUGUUCCAAAGCAGCUGCUGUAUGGGACAAUGGUUUAUGUUCGUCAGUCAAUUGUUGCAGAUGCUUCUAAGGCUUUGUCCCGUGCUGUUUGCAUUGCUGUACGAUACAGCGCAGUCCGAAAGCAGUUUGGCUCUCAAGAUGGUGGCCCUGAGACUCAGGUCCUUAAUUACAAGACUCAACAGAGCAGACUCUUUCCAUUGUUGGCUUCAGCAUAUGCAUUUAGAUUUGUGGGUGAUUGGCUCAACUGGCUAUAUACGGAUGUCACUCAGAAACUGGAAGCCAAGGACUUCUCAACACUGCAGGAAGCUCAUGCAUGCACAGCUGGUUUGAAGGCUGUGACAACAUCUGUAACUGCUGAUGCAAUUGAAGAAUGCCGAAAGCUCUGUGGUGGACAUGGUUACUUGAACAGCAGUGGCCUUCCUGAAUUGUUUGCCGUCUAUGUUCCUGCUUGCACUUACGAAGGAGAUAAUGUUGUUUUACUUUUGCAGGUUGCAAGGAUUCUAAUGAAAACCGUUUCUCAAUUGGCAUCCGGAAAACAGCCUGUUGGCACAAUGGCCUACAUGGGCAAAGUACAAUAUUUGAUGCAAUGCAAAUCUGCUGUCAAUUCAGCCGAAGAUUGGCUUAACCCUGUUGCCAUACAAGAGGCAUUUGAAGCAAGAGCGCUCAGGAUGGCGGUAAACUGUGCCCAGAACAUAAGCCAAGCUGCAAGCCAAGAGGAAGGUUUCUACGAGCUCUCCCCAGAUUUGCUUGAGGCUGCGGUAGCACACAUCCAGCUGAUCAUCGUGACCAAGUUCAUCGAGAAGGUGCAGCAGGACAUUCCUGGACACGGAGUGAAGGAACAGCUGCAGACCCUGUGCAACGUGUACGCGCUGUACAUCCUUCACAAGCACCUGGGCGACUUCCUGGCGACCGGGUGCAUCACACCCAGGCAGGGAGCUCUGGCAAACGAGCAGCUGGUGGGCAAGCUGUACGCGCAGGUGCGGCCGAAUGCAGUGGCGCUGGUGGAUGCGUUCAACUACACGGACCACUACCUGGGGUCUGUGCUGGGGCGGUACGACGGGGACGUGUACCCGGCGCUGUACGAGGAGGCGUGGAAGGACCCGCUCAACCAGACGGUGGUGCCGGAGGGCUACCACGACUACCUCCGCCCCCUCAUCAAGCAGCAGUUACUGAAGCUCUCGAGGCUCUGAAUUCUCUCUCUCUCUCUCUCUCUCUCUUCUUCUGUCUGACGUACGUUGGGGUUCAUGAAUUUCAUCAUCAUCAGUUUUAAUAGUACUGUACUGGAGUCAGGAGUGAGUAAUAAGCGAGUGAGCUAGCGAGCAUAUCUCUGCUGCUCGAAUUUGUAUCCUAGAUAGAAGAAAAUGCUGUUACUGAAUGAAUCAAGGAUUGAAUUGGUGCAGGCAUGCAAUGCUCCUUCAGCACUGACAUUCUUGUUCCUGUUCCAAA